AUGGCUGUUCACAGCGCAGCCAUCUCGGGGCUUCAAGAUAUCGUCCGGAUCAUUCUUGAGGCGGACAAUAUGAUCGACUUGAAUACCCCCACGUUCGAUACGAAAGAAACACUUGCGCAUUUGGCUGUGAAGCAUGGACAUCGCGACUUGUAUCGCAUGCUUGCUGGGCUUGGGGCCGAUCUUCGCAUCAAAGAUCGCACUGGCAAACGUGUGUGCGAUAUGACAACUGAUAGAGCGUGGGCAAACGACAUUGAGAGGUCGACUGCUACACUUGAACGGAGUCACGCAAGAACGGAGGGAGCGAAGAAUCGCGACGCACAGUUCCGUCACGAGGGAUCUCUACGUAAGAAGGGCAAGGCGAAGGAAAUUGCACCAAACGUAUCUGUAGCCUCUCCAGCUGCAACGGAAGCCACUUCUGAGGAAGUAUCGAAUUUGCUUAAAGAUUUACUGGUGUCUACCGGUUCUGAGGUCGACACAAGCGACGAUUCUACGCCAAUUACCUUGCUGGAAGACUCGAUUGAAAACACAGCUGCUAUGUUUGCUCGAUUGCGCGACCCCAACAUCUCCACCGACGGCAAAGUCGACGACGCCCAGAAAGCCUGCACUGCAAUCGAAACGUUAGAGCAGGCUAAACUGCAUCGAAUUGACCAUGCCGCUAUCUCGGCCCCUGCUUUGGAAACUGUGCGGAAACAAUGUGACACGACGUUUGCUUUUACCAAGUUCGUGGUGGGCGCUGCGCAUUUGUGCGUCUCCGUCAACAAGAAAGCACAAGCUCGUGAACUCUUGGACGUACUGGAAAGACGAUUGGUGAAGAUGCCUUAUGGCAAGCGCGAGCCUGGAGGGUUUCGAGAGCUGGUUCAAACGUACUCUGCAGCGCGUGAAGCUAUGGGAAUGGGACGCACUUCCAGUCCAGACAUGUUCCACACGUUGGAGUGGUAUUUGAUUUAUGCGUUUGAUGAUUUUGAACAAGCAAUCGAUGCGCGACCUGAACUGGAUGGAGUGGCGUGUUUCGGCAAGCGCGCCAAGCACGUUGUCUACGGAGGUACGAGUGAAGAAGACGUGGCGAGAGUUCGUGAGCUCUUCGUUUUCUCAGCUGCUGGGAUCGUUCGGGAUGCUGCUGCGGCGUGAAGAGAAGAUGACAUCAACGAUAGCGGUAGACAUUUCCGGAGGUGACGUUUUCAAAAAAAACAUCAUUCCUUAAAAGCACGCGCUGGAGGAGGCCGCGAGAUUUCGGGUUUUGUUAAUACUUCCUCUGGUCGGAAAUGAUCACGCGAAGUUAGUAUGAUAGGUCGUUCAACUGUUCAAUCCUCGAUAGAAAUUUGACAAACCUAUCAUACUAACUGACACGUCUUUCAACUGCUCUAUCCCCGAUAGGAAUGCUCUUCAGUUUGUCACGUACUUCGUCUCGAUUCUUCCGCUUUCUGCCGCUGUUCUUCUUAAGCCGGUUAAGUCACUCACCCCUACGACACCAGCCGUCAUUGCAGAGCUGUACAGCUCCAAUUAAGUUCACGGUGUCCGGAAGUCGGCUCAUAAGAACAUCAAACGCUUCACGGGGUAGUUCUCUGUUGUUGCUGAUCUUUAGAAGCUCGUCAAUGACGGCUUUUGCGCUCGUUGUCGAUAAGGUUGGACUUCGGCAUGUUUAUAGAGGAAGAAACAGCGUAGCGCAGGCGUGGCGGGUCGCAC